AUGGCGGCCGCUGAAAUACAAGUUGUGAAUCCAUCUAAUUUAGCAAAGAUAGAAAGUUUUCUCAAUGAUCCAAGUUACAAGGAAAUUAUUGAAAAUUCAUCGACAUUUAACUCACGAUUAUGUGCGGAAAGAAGGAUGCGAAUGCCAUUUAUCGACACACAAACUGGUGUUGCUCAAAGUCAUUGCAAUUUGUUUAUGACGAGGAAACAACGUAUGCCUGGUGCGAGAGAAGGUCAGGUGUACACAUAUCCUUCACAAAGAUGGCGUAAGGCUCGACGUCAGUAUCUGACAAUGUCUUCAACACGUUGGGGAUGGAGUGCUUUAGACGCUUUCGAAAAUGCUGGCGAUGGUGAAAAUAGUUCUGGAAUACCAGGGGAUGCAUUCGCUGGAGAAGACAGCCGUGACGGCUCACAGACUGCUGCCAAAGAUGAUCCAAAGGAAUGGUUUUACGACGAGCUUGCGAUAGAAGAAAUGGAAACCGGUGAAGAGCCUGAUCCAGAGUCCGACGAAGAUUAUUAUGACGACACUUACGCAAACCGUCGCAAGCGCCGAGGCGUAGCACCUACUGGACCAGGAUCUCGCGGUGGCCGGAGGGGCAACAAGCAGCCUGACGAUGCCCCACCAAAACGAGGCCGCGCGGGUCGAGGCCGCAAGCGGGCUGGUCAAGGCACAUUACCGUAUGAAGUCCCCGGCGACGCAGAGAAGCCAUAUGGAUGUGAACUGUGCGGAGCGAAGUACAAAACGCGUCCCGGGCUGACGUACCACUUCACGCACACGCACAAGGAGGCGGGCGCGGGGGCGGGCGCGGGGGGCGCGGGCGGCGCGACGGCGGCCGCGGCCUGCAGCGACGGCGACUCGCGCGACUCGCGGCCCGGCGCGCACACGCCCCCGGCCGCGCCCGCACAGCCCGCCACCGAGUACCAGGACAGCUACGUCACCUUCCUCAACAACCCCGCCGCCACACCGGGCGCGCGUAAGCCUUCGCCUCCACCGCGGCCGGCUUCCGCGGACACGUCGUCGUCGGACUCCGCGCACGCGCCGCUCGUGGCGCCGGGCACCGCGGCCGCCGCCCCCGCACCCGCUCCCACCCCUACCCCUACCCCCGCCGCCCCCACCGUCCCCGCCGCUCCCGCUGUCCCCGCUCCUGUCGCUUCCGUAUCCGCACCCGCUGCAGCGAGCAUCAUGCCCGUGCUGAAGGAGCCUAAAACCAAGGCAUCACCGUCGCCAUACUGUGACUUCUGUCUCGGUGAUGACCGUGAGAAUAAAAAGACUGGAACACCAGAAGAAUUAGUCAGCUGUUCCGACUGCGGACGGUCAGGUCACCCGACAUGUCUACAGUUUACUGUGAACAUGAUCGUGUCCGUGCGCAAGUAUCGCUGGCAAUGCAUCGAGUGCAAAUGCUGCUCGGUUUGCGGAAAUAGCGACAAUGAUGACCAGUUGUUGUUCUGCGACGAUUGCGACCGCGGCUACCACAUGUAUUGCCUGGCGCCACCGUUGGAAACCCCACCUGAGGGCUCCUGGUCGUGUGCACUUUGCAUCAAUGAGUUCCACACCAAGCACUAA